CUGUUUCAUUUCACACAUUCAUGUUGUUUAGUUUGAGCGGAACGUUUCACCCUCCUCUGUUAGCUUGGUGGUCUGCUUGUAGCGCUCUGUACGAGAGAUUCCGUUGCUUCAUUUUUUUAUUGUUGUUGUUUUCGUUUUGCUACUGUGACGAACCUCUUGAGUUAUUCUAGUCGGUGUCAAGUCUUUAUUUAAAAUAUCUGACUUGCUAACAAUGCUGAGUCUAGUUAGAGGAACCGAACCGGAGUUCUUUUAUCUGUCACAAUAAUGCAGGCGUUACCACACAUAGCAGCGAUGGUCAGCAGACUAUUUGACUUGCUUUCGCGGUUCUGCUUUAUGUCUAGAACCGUGUAAACAUGUUAUUGUACACCUCAUUGUUUCUGGUCGCUUUUGCUGUUCCUGUUGCAUGUACCAGUUCUCAUACUUGUGAAUUUAAUUAGCUCCAUAUUUAUUAUUUGUUGAUUUGUUUCUAUAUUCAUUGUUUAUUUUAUUACUAUCUCUUAUUCAGUGCCAUUUCGCUCUAAAUCCACAGAUUUUUGUAUCUUGGUUUUUUUGAAAAAUCUCGUGUUUGCUAUAUUUAGGGUAUCUCGUGAGAAAAAAAACGUGUCAUUUCCAAAUAUGGGCAGCGUGUCAAUAUUAGCCUGACUGGGCUUUUUUAAACCAAACAUGUAGCAUCUUAGAGAUUUGAAAACAUUAGUUGACAGUCAUGAGAGUGACACGCGAGUAUUUUAACGAUUUGCUGAUUUGUAAUAUGAUACAUACAUACUAGUAAAACCAGCACUGUGUUGUAAGUCAAGAUUCAGAUAAAUACACAAACAUAAUGUCAUAUGAAAACCUUUAGUCAAUGCCACUGCAGAUUGAUAACAGCAUAAAGUUAAAAAGUGGUUUAAAAACCCUUUUAUAUACAUUUGAAAAUAUAUAGUUUCCAUAGCCAUUGUCAUUUUUUUACAUUGUCAACCAAGCAUUAUUAUUGUUGUAAUGAAUACUACCCACCACAUUUUAUGUCAGUGUUUAAACAUACUUGCAUGCAGCGCAAGCCUGUCAGCACUAGAUGUGUAUUGUGUUUUUGUGAAAUAAUAUGAAUAAUGUUUUGCUAUUGAUGAUCAGUUAGCACUUGGGUAUGUGUUGUGAAUAGCUCAAUAUAUCUUAAAUUCACUGAUCAAUUUUGGGAUUAUCAAUGUUGAUUAGCUGUGGCAGCUAUAUUUACAAGGCCUGUAUCAUGCUUUUUUUUACACCUUCCAGAGCAACGGUAGGCACAAUAUACACUGUUCAAAAAAUAAAGGAAAAACUUAAACAACACAAUGUACUUUCAAGUCAAUCAAUCUGUCCACUUAGGAAGCAACACUGAUUGACAAUCAAUUUCACAAGCUGCUGUGCAAUUGGAAUAGACAACGUGGUGAAAAUUAUUGGCAAUUAGCAAGACAUCUCCCAAUAAAGGAGUGGUUCUGCAGGUGGUGACCACAGACUACUUCUCAGUUCCUAUGCUUUCUGGCUGAUGUUUUGGUCACUGUUGAAUGCUGGUGGUGCUUUCACUCUAGUGGUAGCAUGAGACGGAGUCUGCAACCCACACACAACAGAUUGUGCAGCUCAUCCAGGAUGGCGCAUCAAUAUGAGCUCUGGCAAUAAGGUUUGCUGUGUCUGCCAGUGCAGUGUCCAGAGCAUAGAGGCACUACCAGGAAACAGGCCAGUACAUGAGGUGAAGUUAAGAAGACCAUAGGAAGGCAACAACCCAGCAGCAGGGCUGCUACCUCCGCUUUUGUGCAGGGAGGAACAGGAGGAUCACUGCCAGAGCUCUGCAAAACAAACUACAGUGAGCCACAAAUGUGCAUGUGUGUGCUCAAAUUGUCAGAAACAGACUCACUGAGGGUGAUAUGAGGGGCCAACAUCUACAGGCAGGGGUUGUGUUUACAGUGCGGAGAAUGCCAAGAUUGGUAAAUUUGCCACUACCACUACUCUUCACAUUGAGCACAUGUGGCAGAUAUGACAGAGUCUGGAGAUGCCAUGGAGAACAUUCUGCUGCCUGCAACAUCCUCCAAGCAUAUUGAUGCUAUGGACUGGCCUGCCCAUUCCCCUGACCUGAAACCUUUUGAGCAUAUCUGGGACAUCACGUUUUGCUCCAUCCACCACCGGCUUUCCAGGAGUUGGCAGAUGCUUUAGUUAAGGUCUGGGAGGAGAUACCUCAGGAGACAAACCUCAUCAGGAGCAUGCCCAGGCAUUGUAGAGAGAAAAACAACGAUCCACCACCAACGUCUCAUUGUUGGCUGAGGAACCUGCAGAACCUGUCUGGGCCUGCCAGAAACCACUGGCGUAGUGGAACAAGGACUGUGCAAUGGCUCUGUUGACCUUGCAUAGGAUUCCAUCCAUCCCCACCUCUCCUGAUGAAACCUUCCAAAGAAGAGGGAGACUUCAGAAAAGAGAGAGCUUUGCCCUCGUAAAAGGAGCAGUUCUUCUGCUAGAAGAUGGCAAAACUGGGGGUGACCAAGAGGAGACUUCGUCCACUUUAACUUCUCCAGGGAAGAAAGACAUCGGGGCAUCAGGAACAAGACACAGACACCUCCAUGCCAUGUUUGAACAGCUACGACCAGAAGAUAGCAUCAAGCUGGCGGUGCAGCUGGAGUCAGCCAGCCUGGUCAGGGUCAGGUAUCUGAUUGUUGUCUCCACAGCCAGCAGCAAAGGAGAAAGCAUUCUGCUGGGCAUGGACUUUCCCCACUCAGACAGCAGUCAGUGCACCAUUGGCCUGGUCCUGCCUAUAUGGAGUGACACACAAGUAUAUCUGGACGGAGACGGUGGUUUUAGCGUGACAUCAGCGGAGGAAACCAGAAUUUUUAAGCCAGUUUCUAUGCAGACCAUGUGGUCAGUGCUGCAGGUGCUGCAUGGCAGCUGUGAGCGAGCCGUCAAGGCAGCUGUGAUUCCGGGCAACGGUCUGGAGUGGGCCCAGUACUACCUUCGGCACAUCGAGUCAGAUCGUUUCUGCCUGAACGAGUGGGAGGCCAUGAACGACCUGGAGUCGGUCCGCAGGGACAGCAAUGGACAGAAUUCAGCUGACAGAAUGUCCGAUGAGAGACUGAUCAAAGAGCACCUGAGAGACAUCAUGAGGACUGAAGACCUGGACAACCUCACAUCUAAAAUGGUUCACUCAGCUCUACAAACCAGAAUUGGAUUUGACAUGAGACCCUACAAGGAGUACAUCGACAACGAGAUCCUGGUUACCAUGGCUCAGAUGGACAAGCCCUCCAAAAUAUUUGAUUACCUUUACCUGGGUUCUGAGUGGAACGCAGCAAACUUUGAGGAGCUGCAGAAAAACAACGUUGGCUACAUUCUGAACGUCACAAGGGAGAUCGACAACUUUUUCCCAGAAUCCUUCACUUACAUGAACAUCCGAGUGUAUGAUGUGGAGUCCACCGACCUGCUGUCCCACUGGCCGAACACGUACAACUUUAUCAACACUGCAAGGAAAAGUGGACAGGCAGUGUUGGUGCACUGUAAGAUGGGGGUGUCUCGGUCUGCGUCCACUGUCAUCGCAUACGCCAUGAAGCAGCAGCACUGGCCUCUGGACGUGGUACUGGCCUACGUCAGAGAUCGCCGCUCCAUCGUCAAGCCCAAUGAGGGCUUCAUGAAGCAGCUGCAGACCUACAGUGGCAUCCUGAAUGCCAGCCAGCAGCGUCACAGCGCGCUCUGGAGACGAAAGUCAAGAGAUCAAAGACAAAAAUCUGUGACAAAUAAUGAAGAAGACAAGCCGAACAAGGAAGAGGAGGAGGAGGAGGAGGAGGAGGUUGCUGAAGAUGAUGAUGACAGCGAUAGUUCUGAUGGAAAAGAGUCUGCCAGUCUGGAUGAAAACGAUUCAGAUGAGGAUCAUGAGGUGUUUGAAGAACAGACCCCUGUGUCUGACUCCGACCAGUCUCCCAGGCAGAUGGAAGCAUCAGUUAACCCCACCAUCACUGUGAAUGAACCAGAAAAGACUCUUCCCAGCGUUAACCGCAGUGGCAGGAUGAACCUCUUCUCCCUCAUGCAGUCCAUUAGUGAACUAGAUGAUGAAGAUAAGGGGCAUGAACAGCUGCCUGGCAGUCCAAGACGUUCUCCAGGCCAUCGUAGGCGCAGCCAAGGGCGACGGGGUCUUAUCCACCAAAGAGCGUGUGUGGAUGUUUCACCAGAACCGCGCUGCCUGGCAGAAUCUGGUCAAGGCGAUCGCUAAAGGAGCCGGACAGGGAAGGACGUCCGUAAGGGUGAGGGACAGGAAUAACCCAAGAAAUUAAACUCCUGAAGGUGGAGGAACCAGGACACGCCAAGGCUUUUAUGUUUCGCUGGUAUUUCGUUUCUCCACUCAACUCAUUCUAAUGGUUCUCUGCAGCAUUGGUGUACCGAUGAAAGACAGAACACCUCACAUGUGAAGGUGCUGUUAAUUAUUAAGUAUUGAACGACUAAUCAUCAUGUCACACCAGACGUUCUUUCCUUUGAGACUCCUUCCAACACUCCCGAGAUCUAUGCAAUAACUGCUUUCCUCUGGUAAACGAGACUUUAAGCUGCCACUUCAUUCUUUUCUAAGACUUUCAUGGUUGUUGAAUGGGAGGAUUUCAGUCCAAGCUGUGCAUUAUGGACCAUGUCAAGCCAGUUUUAUGGCGCAUGUCAAAAUGCCAAACUGUUUUUCUAUGUGCCAUUGAAUAUAUUUAAUUACAAAUCUUUAUCACGUGAGUGUAUUAAAAUUGUUUUAUUUUUAUUCUACCAGAUCUGCAUGAGUGCCUUCAACCUGAGAAUAAAAUACGAGCGGUGUUUUUAUGUUUUUACUCUGAGGUGGUGGCCAUUGUUCUUGUGUUGUUCCGAACUUCCAUUAUUGACUGCUUUGUAAAUGCAGCAUCCCAACAUUUCUGCAUAUAAACAGUAUAAAAGGUGUCUGCUGGUGACCUGGGUGCAUGCGUAGGUGUUUCUAUACCAGCCUGUUCAGGGUCUUUGUCUGUAUUUAUAUGAACAUUAAAUCGAUUGGGUAAUUACUCAGACUUCACCAGAUGCUGAUGUGAAACAUUAUUUCAUGCUGGUGUUACAUUAGAGUGGAAACCAAGCUAAAGCUUAAUUUAACCUGCAUGCCCACAAAGAUUAUGUAUUUAUAUGCACUUUAUAAUCCCACAGUGCACACUGCUGAGGCAACGAGCUCUGUACUGUGAUUGAUAGGAUCAAUGAUUGUUUGAAGCGUUCUAGCCACAUCUUUGUUUUGCUGUUCACCGUCUACGUCUCACUCUUGUUUACAGAGCAUUUAGAGUGACAAAUAAAGGACCAUAUUUCAACCAA